CUCACUUUGCCAUAUAUGAGCCAAAAAAAGAUACCAGUACUGGUCUUCUUUUUUUGAGUUCUAUCCACAGCACAUAUUACGGCUUCACAGCUUUGGCUUUUAAACCAACAAUUUGUUGUACUAGCAAAUUAUUAAUCUUGACUUUUGGGUCCAAGGCGAUAGUGACCAAAAGGGGGAUCUUUAUUAUUGUGUAUUACUAAUUUAUUAUCAUCCCUUCUUUCACUUGCACUAACUGACAGAGAGGCAGGGAGAUGGAUUCCAGGGAAAAGAAGCUUGAGCAGUUCAAAGGUCAAACCAGACUUCCUAAUUUUGCAGUCCCUAAACGCUAUGAUCUCACUCUCAAUCUUGAUCUUCAAGUUUGCACUUUUUCCGGUAUUGUGUUAAUUGACAUCUCUAUUGUCCAAGCCACAAAGUUCCUGGUCUUGAAUACUCUUGACCUAGCGAUUGAUGAUGUCUCUUUUACCAGCUCCGAAAACCAUAAUCAUAUUCCAACAGAUAUUAUAGUUGAUAAUGGGGAUGAGAUACUUGUUUUAGGCUUUAAUGACUCCUUAGCAACUGGAAAUGGAGUUUUGAAGAUCUGCUUCUCUGGAACUCUUAAUGAACAACUGAAGGGCUUAUACAGAUGUACUUAUGUGGACGGAGGAGUGAAGAAGAAUAUGGUUGCAACUCAAUUUGAAGCAGUGGAUGCAAGACCAUGUUUUCCAUGCUGGGAUGAACCAGCUUUCAAGGCUACCUUUAAAAUAACAUUAACCAAUGUACCACUAGAGUUGACAGCAUUAUCGAACAUGCCAGUUUCUCUGGAAAAACAUAACGGGCGUCAUAAGACUAUUUACUUUGAGGAAUCCGUGGUUAUGUCAACAUACCUGGUUGCAGUUGUAGUCGGACUGUUUGAUUACAUUGAAGACACAACUGACGAUGGAAUCAAGGUGCGUGCAUACACUCCUGUUGGUCAAAGUGAAAAGGGAAAAUUUGCUUUAAAAAUUGCAGUUAAGGCACUUGAAUUCUUCAAAGAGUACUUCACAUUCCCUUAUGGACUUCCUAAGCUGGAUAUGGUUGCUGUUCCUGAAUUUUCUGGUGGGGCAAUGGAGAAUUAUGGUUUGAUUAUCUAUCGUGAAAAUGAAUUACUUCAUGAUGACUUGCACUCUUCAGUGGCUAACACACAGAGGAUGACCAUUGUUGUGGCUCAUGAAGUUGCACAUCACUGGUUCGGCAACCUAGUAACAAUGGAGUGGUGGACUCAUCUAUGGCUUAAUGAGGGUUUUGCUACUUGGGUGAGUUAUCUAGUUACUGAUAUUUUAUUCCCAGAAUGGAAAAUUUGGAAUCAUUUGCUUCAAGAGACCACUGAUGGGCUACAGAUGGAUGCACUGGAACAAUCGCACCCAAUUGAGGUGGAAAUACACCAUGCUCGUUCAGUCAUCGAGUACUUUGAUGCCAUAAGCUAUAAGAAAGGAUCUGCUGUCAUUCGAAUGUUGCAGGAUUUUCUUGGCAAUGAAAUAUUCCAGAAGUCUUUGAGUUCAUACAUGGCAAGAUAUGCCUGGGGGAACGCCAAGACAGAAGAUCUAUGGAGUGUUCUGUCCGAAGUAUCUGGUGUUGGAGUAAGCAAAAUCAUGAGCAUAUGGACAAAGCAAACAGGCUAUCCAGUUAUCUCACUAUCAUUAAAAGAUUGCAGUCUGGAAUUUAAGCAGACACAAUUUCUGUCUUCUGGAUUGCAUGGUGAUGGCCGGUACUGGAUCAUUCCAAUUACCUUGUCCCUUGGUUCAUAUGAUAGGCGCACAAAUUUCCUCCUUGAAUCAGAAUUUGGAGAACUGGAUAUAUCGGAUAUUUGUCAUACAGGAGGCAGCUCAAACAUGCAUCAGAAGGAAAGUGCAGAAGACUUUCAGGAGGAAUUCUGGAUAAAAGCAAAUGUCCACCAAGCUGGAUUUUAUCGGGUGAAAUAUGAUGAUGGCCUCUUAACUCAACUGGCUAAAGCUAUAAAGAGUAACUGCAUAUCAGCAGCAGAUGAAUUUGGCAUUUUGGAUGAUACAUUUGCUCUUUGCGAGGCUUGCGAGAUUCCAUUAUCAUCUUUGCUUUCACUGAUUGAAGUAUACGAAAAGGACCUCGAGCAGAUCACAUUGUCAAGACUAAUUGAUGUAUGUCAAAAUGUUGCAAAAAUCGCUCAUGAUGCCAUCCCAGAUUUGCUGGCCACUCUGAAACAAUUCUUUAUCAAUCUUCUACUAUUGUGUGCAGAAAGUUUAGGUUGGGAUGUCGUACCUGGGGAAAGCCAGUUAACUGCCUUGAUGAGAGAAGAAGUUCUGAUGGCUUUGGUUCGUUUUGGUCAUAGAGAAACUUGUGAAGAAGCGUUAAAGAGGUUCCAAGCAUUUUUGGAUGACAAGAAAACUACAGUUCUUCCAGUUGAUACCAGAAAGGCUGCUUAUAUUGCUGUGAUGAGGAAUACCAGCAAUGAUAUUAGGAAUGGGCUUGAACAUCUUCUAAGGUUAUAUAGAGAAGUUGACGCAGUGCAAGAGAAGACUAGGAUUUUGCGCUGCUUGGCUAGUUCUUCAGACACAACCAUAGUAUUGGAAGUUCUGGAUUUCAUGUUUUCUGAUGAGGUUCGCAGUCAAGAUAUAAUAUAUGUUGCUUCGGGAAUAAGCUUGGAAGGCAGAUCAACAGCCUGGACAUGGUUGAAGGAGAGGUGGGAUAUGAUCCUGAAGAAAUGGGGAACUGGUCCCCUACUCCACCCUCUCAUUAGAAAAAUUGUUACACCUUUUUGCAGCCACGAGAUGGCAGAUGAAAUAGAAGCUUUCUUUGCACCCCGAGUGGAUCCUUCAUUCGCUAUGAACGUGAACCAAAGCCUGGAGAUCCUUCGAAUUAAAGCGAGGUGGGUUGAUUAUGUAAAGCAAGACGCAGUUCUUGGAGAGGUAGUCUCCCAAUUAGCCAGCCAGAAAUGAUUGCCGUUGCCUUGGUAGUUACAAGUACGCGAUGUCUGUUGAAGGACUCUAGAGCAGCACCUGGCUGUUUUCUGUUUUCCAGGAAUUCAACUUCUCCACAUGCUAUUUAUCAUUCUCGUCUUUAAUGGGAAUAAGGGGAAGUCAGGUUUUUGGACAAGUUUUUUACCUACUAGUUUUUUAACAA